AUAAUAUAUUUACAAAUCGUGGUGAUAGUUUCCAAAAAGAAAAAACACAAUAAAACAUCUUUGUACCAAUAAAAAAAUUAAUAACUUAUUAAAGGGUUACGUAUUAACUGAUGGCUCAAAUUUUGGCAUUCAUUUCGGUGAGACAUGCUAAAGAUGUAGUUCCUACUAUAUUUAACAUUUUUCUGACAAAGGUACUAAAUGAUAUAAAUUGUCAAUUUUCACAUAAGUAUUUAAUGUUGUGUUUUUCUCUUCUAAAAUCGAAUAAUUUAAUUCAGACAGAGAAUUGAAGAUUCUCUCAAUUUUACCUAUUCACAGCAAAAGUACCUACCUAACUGCCAACCCAACAAAGACCCAUUCCUUGCCACCAAUGGCUUAUUUCUCUCCCCGCGUCCUACUUCUAAUAAUGGUCUACGGACGAAGCUCUAACGGCUGCGCAUAGGCGUCAGUGUGGUGUGCACUCUCCUCACCAUUGCCUGUAUGGCGAAGGGGCCUCCAUCACCAUGUGAUAUUGAGGCGGGGCCUCGAGGAACUCAGCCAACUCAACCACCACCGCCACAUUUUCAACCUCCAAUGCCUAAGACAUGGUUCUCGUGGCUUGUUCCUCUCAUUUUUGCGGCCAAUAUCAUGAUGUUCGUGUACACCAUGUACGUGAAUGAUUGCCCGGCUACAACCGGAGAGAAGUGUCUGCUGUCUGCAUACUUGGGGAGAUUGUCUUUCCAGCCCUUCACGGAGAACAUACUCCUUGGCCCUUCCAUUACCACGCUGAUAAAACUCGGAGGUCUUGAGACGAAACUAGUGGUGGAGGAAGGUGAAGGAUGGCGCCUCUUGUCCUGCAUGUGGCUUCAUGUCGGAGUUAUCCAUUUAGUUGCUAAUAUGUUGAGUCUUCUAUUUAUAGGAAUCCGGCUUGAGCAGGAAUUUGGAUUUGUGAGAGUAGGAAUCUUGUACUUGCUUUCUGGUUUUGGUGGAAGCUUGCUAUCUGCUCUUAAUUCUAAAACAUCAAUAUCAGUGGGCGCAUCUGGUGCUCUUUUCGGCCUGUUGGGAGGUGUGCUUUCUGAGCUUCUCACUAACUGGACAAUCUAUGAGAACAAGUUGGCCGCACUCCUAACUCUGGUGCUCAUCAUUACCCUCAAUUUGGCUGUCGGGUUUCUGCCUCGCGUUGACAAUUCAGCUCAUAUCGGAGGAUUCCUGUCGGGAUUUCUCCUCGGCUUCAUUCUUUUAGUCCGUCCUCAAUUUGGAUAUGUAAGCCCCAAACACAUUCCCCCAGGAUAUGAUAUAAAGCGCAAACCCAGGCACAUGACCUAUCAGUACCUGUUGUGGGUGACGGCUUUAAUCAUCUUAAUUUUUGGCUUUGCAUAUGGCAGUGCCAAGCUAUUUAACGGCGAGACCCCGUAUAAUGUGCCUAUCUAAAGCACCAAUGAUCAGCCGGAUGGUUUUGUCAAGCUAACUGCCUAUUCUUCGAGCUUUGGAAGUAUAACACCAAAAACUCUCUUUCUAUCUAUGCAUAUACGAGAAUCUGAACAUUACACGCGUAGAUAUGUGAUUGAGCACCUGCUGUUUCUUUACUGAGGACAUUAUGAUGAGAUUUCAUCUUGGUU